CUGGAUUUUUGUCAAGUGAAAUAUGCUGGUAGAACCUGAAUAAGAACUAGCAGAUUGUUUCCUGACAGAAAGGCAGAAGGUCAUCAGUGAGCUGGCCACUGAUAUGUUGCUGAAGAUGGCAGCUUUUACACUUGCAGUUCUGAUCUGCUUUCCCAAGUGAGCGUGGUGUGGCUGGAGCCAGCAUUUAACAAUGAGUGGAGCAGCGUUGGGCCUCGAGAUAGUGUUUGUCUUUUUCCUGGCCUUAUUCCUACUUCACCGGUAUGGAGACUUCAAGAAACAGCAUAGGCUGGUGAUCAUAGCAACGUUAUUGGCUUGGUAUCUCUGCUUCCUGAUUGUAUUCAUACUGCCUCUGGAUGUGAGUACGACUAUUUAUAAUCGAUGCAAACUUGCGGUUAACUCCAGUCCUGCAGAAAGUAAUGGCUCUUAUGUCACCCUCGCUCCAAGCAAGCAAAAAUGUUUCAAACCCUGGAGUUAUAUUCCUGAUGGAAUUAUGCCAAUUUUCUGGCGUGUUGUAUAUUGGACAUCUCAGUUUUUAACAUGGAUUCUGCUACCUUUCAUGCAGUCAUAUGCUAGAUCAGGAGGUUUCUCCAUCACUGGAAAGAUUAAAACUGCUUUGAUUGAGAAUGCUAUCUAUUAUGGCACUUACUUGCUAAUUUUUGGAGCGUUUCUAAUAUAUGUGGCUGUAAACCCAAACUUCAACUUACAGUGGAACCAGCUUCAGACUAUUGGAAUAGCUGCUGCAAAUACAUGGGGUCUGUUCCUUCUCGUGUUGCUUUUGGGUUAUGGUUUGGUGGAAAUCCCUCGUUCUCACUGGAAUGGAGCCAAGAGAGGUUAUCUACUCAUGAAGACUUACUUCAAAGCUGCCAAACUGAUGACUGAAAAAGCAGAUGCAGAGGAGAAUUUAGAGGAUAUUAUGGAGGAAGUCCGUAAAGUAAGCGAGAGUAUAAAAUAUAACCACCCCUUGAGGAAAUGUGUUGACACAAUACUGAAAAAGUGCCCUACUGAGUACCAGGAAAGAAUGGGUAGGAACAUGGAUGAUUAUGAAGAUUUUGAUGAAAGACAGAACAGUUAUCCCAGUGAAAAAAGCUUGGCCAAACUUCACAAGCAGGUAAUCUAUUCAGUGCAGAGACAUCGUCGUACACAGGUCCAGUGGCAAAUUCUUCUAGAGCAAGCAUUUUACCUGGAAGAUGUGGCAAAAAAUGAAAGCAGUGCUACUCGACAGUUUGUUCAUACCUUUCAUUCCCAGGAACCAGAAAAUAAAAUUAUUCAGUAUUUCUACACACCAACAGUUGAGUGGUACUGGGAAUGCCUUCUCCGACCAUGGUUUUACAGAGUGCUUGCAGUUGUGCUGGCCACAUUUUCUGUAAUUGUUGUGUGGUCAGAGUGCACAUUUUUCAGCACAAAACCAGUUCUGUCGCUAUUUGCGGUUUUCAUACAGCUGGCAGAAAAGACAUAUAAUUAUAUAUACAUAGAGAUGGCCUGUUUUCUUACCAUCUUUUUCCUGAGCAUCUGCGUUUACUCUACUGUCUUCAGGAUCCGUGUAUUUAACUAUUAUUACUUAGCUUCACAUCAUCAGACGGAUGCAUACAGUCUCCUUUUCAGUGGCAUGUUAUUUUGUCGUCUUACUCCACCAUUGUGCUUGAACUUUCUGGGCUUGACCCAUAUGGAUGCAACAAUCUCUCACAAAAAAACUCAGCCAACUGCUUAUACAUCUAUAAUGGGAUCCAUGAGAGUGCUGUCCUUCAUUGCAGAUGGAUUCUAUAUAUAUUACCCAAUGCUUGUUGUCAUUCUCUGUAUUGCUACAUACUUCAGUUUAGGAACUCGUUGUUUGAAUCUUUUGGGAUUCCAGCAGUUCAUGGGUGAUAGCGAAAUGACCUCUGAUUUGAUUGAUGAAGGAAAAGAGCUAAUCAGAAGAGAGAAAAGGAAACGACAGAGGCAGGAAGAAGGUGAAAACAGAAGAAGGGAAUGGAAGGAGCGGUAUGGAAAUAGGGAUGAUUCCACCAGAAGCAGAGCUGUCCACACAGACCAGAAAGAAUCCAGCUUCUCAGAGACCAGUGCCAAUAGACCACUAUCAAAGUAUACCCGUUCAAAUGGUAGGACUGAAAGAGAUAGAAUAGAACUCCUCCAGGAUGCAGAACCUUUGGAUUUUAAUGCAGACUCUGUUAAUGAUGACCCCCUCGAAUCGGACUCAGGAAGGUACCAGCCUGGUGGAAGAUACUUGUCAAUGUCUCGAAGCAAAAUAUUUGAUGAUGUCUAAGCUCAUCAAUGAAAAUUCGUAAAGAAAAUUCAGUGGAAAUAUGGCUCCUCAUUGCUUGGAAAAUGCUGUAUUUGUGAUAUAUCACUGAACCAUCAAAGACUCUUUAAAAAAAAAUAUAGGAACAACUCUUGGAAAUGCACGUGUAUGAUAAUUUCACCACUUGUAAUAGGAAUAUGCUUCUGCUACUGUAGAUACUGUUGUGCAUCAGUGUGGGCUUUUGUGUCAUGAUCAAAAUGAGAAAACUAUUUAAAGUUAAUAGAUGGUAAACUAGGUAAAUAUACCUAGGGCUCAACUUGAACUGUAACAGUCUUGAGUUUGGGGAGGAGUUUUUUUAGAAUAUUUUAUUUUGUAUUUUAACCAAUGCUGUGAGAGCAUAUUGAUGCAUCCAAAGUGCAGUUAUAUCAAUUACAAUAAUAAAUGCUUUCUAUAAUUUUUCUAUUUGGACUAGUCCAAAAUCUGCUGAAGAAAAAUAAGGCUUCUUUUGCCUUCAGUGGUAUUUGAAUCAGAAAGCCUGAAUGGCAGGCUUUCUUCAUAAAAUCAGAUAAUACAAGUUCUAGUAUUUAGAGGGCUACAAAGGACAUGGUGACUCCCUUUCUUACAAGGAGUUGCAUGGAAAAGACAAGAUGUCAUGGCCACAAGUUACUCCUGACGAGAUUCCAAUUGGACACAAUUGAAAAUUUUUGUACAAUUAGAAUAAUCAGCCAUUGAAAUAAUGUCUCCAGAGAAGAGAGAUAAUAAUAAUAAUAAUGUCUCCUAACAUUCAACACUUAAAAUUUGGCUGGACAAGGUGCUGCAUCAUGUUGUCUAUACUGUGCUUUCCCUCAGAAAGGUUGGACCGUAAAAUCAUAGUCACAGAACCGUUUGGGUUGGAAGGAACCUUAAAGAUCAUCUAAUCUCAAGCCCCUGAGCCAUGGGCAGGGACACCUUCUAGACUGAGUUGCUCAGCCCUCCAUCCAGCCUGGCCUUGAACACUCCCAGGGAUGGGGCAUCUGCCGGUUCUCUGUGGCAACCUGUGACAGUCUCUCACCACCCAUACAAUAAAGAAUUUCUUAAGAUGUGUAAUCUAAAUCUGCCCUCUUCCAAUUUUCACCCAUUUUCCGUUGUCCUAUCACUAUAGCUCCUGAUGAAGAGUCUCUCUCCAGCUUCCCUGUAGGCACCUUCAGACACUGGAAGUUGCUUGUGAGGUCUCCAUACAACCUUCAGUUCUCCAAGCUGAAUAACCCUAAUUCUCAGCCUGUAUUCAUAGGAGAGUUGCUCCAGUUCUGUGACCAUCUUUGUCUCUCUUCUGUGCUCCCUGCAGCAGGUCCCUGUCCCUCCUGUGCAGGGACCCCAGCUCUGGCUGCAGUGCUCCAGGUGGGG